CCUUUUGACGGGUCAAAUGCCCCACCCUACCUUCUCUUUUUCUUCCAACACCCCCCGAGUAAAAAAUCCGUAUGUUUUCCCACUCUUCAAAUGAACAUUCCGGCUAGACCCAAUUUCAACUCCUUAAGAAGCCCAUUGCCCAAUAUUUUCUAUUCUAUGUGCGAACUGGAUUUUCUCAAAGCCCCCGUAUCGGGAAAGGAAAUCAACGGAGUCUAUCCACCCCAUCACACCGCCGGCGUGUUACUUCCACCGUCCUCGCCGGACUAUUAAGUUGAUAACAUAUGACCCUAGACGCAUAAGCUCUUCGUUUUUUCUCUCUCCGGAUAAUGGGUCAGUCUGCUUCUGUACAUGUAUACUCACCGGGUGGGUCAACCCCGACUUCCAGCCACUGCCGCUGCAUCACCGCUAAUCAACCGGACGCCGUCUCUUCCACCGACGUCAGUGCUCAGCUUACUCUCCCUAUUUUCGGGCAUGAGCAAGAUUAUACCUCCGAGAUUCCCGACGAGUGCUUAGCUUUAAUCUUCCAAUCCCUCAGCUCCGGCGACCGAAAAAGCUGCUCCCUUGUUUCCAAGCGAUGGCUCCUUGUCGAGGGUCAGAGCCGCCACCGAUUAUCUCUCAACGCCACCGCCGAUAUAUACUCGCAAAUCCCUGCAAUAUUCUCCCGCUUCGACUCCGUCACGAAGCUCGCCCUCAGAUGCGACCGGAAAUCCUCAAGCAUAAACGACGACGCUCUCGCCCUCAUCUCUCUCCGAUGCCGAAACCUCACGCGCCUCAAGCUCCGUGGCUGCCGUCAAGUCACCGAUCUAGGUAUGGCGUUUAUCGCCAAAAAUUGCAAAGUAUUGAAGAAAUUCUCUUGUGGGUCUUGCACGUUUGGAGCUGAAGGCAUGAAUGCUUUGCUCGAUCAUUGCUCCUCUCUCGAAGAAUUGUCCGUUAAGCGCCUCCGUGGUGUCAACGAUGGUGUCGUUGCCGCUCCUAUCGGCCCCGGAGCCGCAGCUUCAUCGCUUAAAUCCAUAUGCUUGAAGGAGCUUUAUAACGGGCUGAGCUUUGGUCCGUUAAUUAUAGGUUCCAAGAAUUUGAGGACUUUAAAGCUAUUGCGUUGUUUGGGGGAUUGGGAUAGGCUUCUGGAGACGGUUGCGAAUAGAGAAGAGAAUAAUUUGGUCGAGAUUCAUCUAGAAAGGCUUCAGUUGAGUGAUAUUGGGUUGACAGCAAUCUCAAAAUGCUCUCAUUUGGAGAUUCUGCAUUUGGUGAAGGCGUUGGACUGCACAAACGCGGGUGUUGUGGCCGUGGCCGAGCAUUGUAAACUUUUGAGGAAGCUUCAUAUAGAUGGAUGGAGAUCAAAUAGGAUAGGUGAUGAGGGUUUGAUUGCAAUUGCUAAGAAUUCUGCGAAUCUUCAAGAAUUUGUUCUUAUUGGUCUGAAUCCAAGUUCUGUUAGUAUGUCUGCCAUUGCGGCGAAUUGUAAGAAGUUGGAAAGGUUGGCGCUUUGUGGGAGCGAGACGAUUGGGGAUGCUGAGAUUUCUUAUAUAGCUGAGAAAUGUGUAGCUUUGAGGAAGCUUUGUAUCAAAGGAUGCCAUGUGUCUGAUCAGGGGAUUGAGGCUUUUGCAUGGGGUUGUCCGAAUUUGGUGAAAAUUAAAGUUAAGAAGUGUAGGGAAGUUACUAGCGAGGUUGCGGAUUGGCUGAGGGCAAGGAGGAGAUCACUGACUGUGAGUUUGGAUGUGGAGGAGACUGAAGUUGAGACAGUUGAGGUGAGUGCAAGUGAUGCCGGGGAGCAAGAUGAUGGAGCAGAGUAUCCAUCUAAUGUGAAUGGAAUGACAAAUGCUGGUGGUGGUGUUAAUUCUGAUGCUCUGUCAAGCAACAAUGCUGGUCGAUCUUCAGCUUUCAAGUCAAGAAUUGGCUUUUUUGGGGGAAGGAGCCUCGUGGCUUGCACAUUUGGGCGGUGGUUAAAUGGUAAUGGUAGUUCUAAUGCUGUCUUAUGAGUCAUGUAAUGAACUCUUGAUUUGGAGAAACUCUUGCUUAUUCUGAAUUAUUCUCUGUAAUGCCACAAGUGGUGUUUGACUCCUACAUUCGGUUUUGAAAGUUUGCUUGUUCAAAUGUCUUGUUAGUUGUCUGUUUAAAGUGGUUCAAAAAUGCAAUGAGACCCUCUUGCCUUGAAGCAAUUGUUUGUGUGGCAUUGCAUUUAACAUCUGUGUAAGAAUGUUAAGCUGAAAUUAAUGCUUAUUUCUUUAAGGUUAGCUCUUGAGCUA